CACCAAUGGAACCCCUGUCACCCCAAAUCAAAGCUGAAAUGGACGAUGCCAUCAAGCAAGAGCUGCCAGCCGAUGCCAAGAAUGUCACCACCACCUCGCUUGGCUCUCUUCAGAACAAAGACUCUCGUCAGGUCAUGGACAUUGUCGACCGCCUCCGCCGCAGUGGCCUCAGCGGUGAGCUCCAGCUCCCUCAGCUCGUUGUCUGUGGUGACCAGUCCUCCGGCAAGAGCUCCGUCCUCGAAGCCAUCACCGAAAUCCCCUUCCCCCGCAAAGAGAACUUGUGUACUCGCUUCGCCACAGAAAUCAUCCUGCGUCGUGCCACCUCACCCUCCAUCUCAACAAAGAUCAUUCCAGACAAAUUCCGCGCUGCCACCGAAAAGACACGGCUGGAAGGGUUCAAGGCUUCCAUCGUCGACUUCAGCGAGCUGCCGAACCUCAUCGAUGAAGCUACAAAGCUCAUGGAAGCCGGAAGGGAUGAGGGAUCUGGACAGCGAGCCUUCUUCCGUGACGUGCUGAGCAUCGAGAUUGCUGGGCCUGGACGUCCUCACCUCACUCUCGUCGACUUGCCCGGUCUGAUUCACACCGACACCCAGUACCAGUCGAAGGAGGAUGUCGAGCUCAUUCACGGUCUCGUGCAGGAUUACAUCUCAGAGAAACGCACCAUCAUGCUGGCUGUUGUGUCUGCCAAGAAUGACUACGCCAAUCAAGUAAUUCUCAAGAAGUGCCGCGAUGUCGAUCCAAAGGGCCUUCGCACCUUGGGGAUCAUCACAAAACCUGACUAUCUGGAAGCGGGCUCCGCUGGCGAGCAGGCGUUCAUCGACCUGGCCAACAACCGCGAUGUCACCUUGUCUCUUGGCUGGCACAUGCUCAAGAACCGUUCGGCGAAAGAGAUAAACAACACCUUCGGCGAACGCAACGCUUCGGAAGCCGCUUUCCUCAGCAAAGGAAGUUAUCGCGAUCUUCCUGCCGACUCACUUGGAAUCGAAGCGCUUCGCACUCGCCUCAGCCACCUCCUGUACAAGCAUCUGAAGACGGAAUUGCCGGCCCUUCAGAAAGAGCUCAACGAGAAGCUCAUUGAGGUGACGCAUGGCCUUGAGUUGCUCGGUGACAAACGCUCCACCCCUCAAGAACAGCGUCGCUUCCUCAUGACUGUCGGCACGAACUACCAGGACAUCGUCAACGCCGCCGUCAAAGGACACUACGAAGACACCUUCUUCGGCAGCCUCGCGCCCAACGAAUCCGUCGAUCAUGAGAAGAAUAUGCGUCGCUUGCGCGCAGUGGUCCAAUAUCUCAACCAGCAGUUCGCUCAGGUUAUGCGAGAGUAUGGGCAGGCCUCCAAGAUCACACUGAAAGCCAACUUCCUUCGGAGCCUUGCUUUCUUUGACGAGGAAGUGCCAAAGCCGAGCACACUUGAUGAUGGAUAUGCCGAAUUCGCGCAAUACCAAGAGGAGAUCACUUGCGCCGAUGCCAUCCAACGUGUCAGCAGUAUCCUUGUUCGAUCCCGUGGACGUGAGCUGCCAUGCACCUUCAAUCCGUUGCUCAUCAGCCAGCUGUUCUGGGAGGAGUCUCGGAAUUGGAAGCUCAUUGCCGAAUAUCACAUCGACCGCGUCGCCGAAAUCUGCUCUGCAUUCGUCCGCACUGCCAUCGCAUUCACAGUCAGUCCUGACGUCGGAGACAACUUGCUGUCGCUCAAAGUUGACACCGCCCUUCAAACCCGACUUUCUGCUGCCAAGAAGGAGUUGACGAACAUCAUCAAUGACACCAAACGCCAUCCAAUCACUUACGAUCCCGCCUACGUCGACACAGUCCAACAGCGCCGGAACGAUGUGUAUGCUGCAAGGAUGAAGCAAUUGGCCGAUGAGUUCGAGACAACUAGCUUCACUGCGCGAGAGAAAGGCGCGUGCCUGCAGAGCAAUGUCAUCAACGCAGAUGCGCUCAAGGCUGCCCUGGCCGAGCGUCGCAAUCUUGACAUGGAGAAGGCGUCUGCCGAAGAGGCCCUGGAUGACUCUCUUGCAUACUACGAAGAAGAAGUGAAGUACUUCAUCGCCGCGGUCACCAAGCAGGUCAUCGAGCGUUACCUCCUCACCGAUCUCGCCGCCGAUACCAUCUCUCCCAUCAUCGUUGGUGAAAUGAGCGAUGACGAGGUUGGCUUCGUUGCGGCCGAGCCGGAAGAGACAACGCGCCAGCGUCAAUCUCUGGAAGCUCGCAAGGCUACGCUGGAGAAGGGUCGGCAGACUUUCAAGUCGGCUCUGGGAUUGAUGGGGCGUGCCGGGGUGCGUUGAUGGGGAGAGGGCAGGAUGGAUGCGCACUACGGGCGAGCGAGUGAUCGGGAAAGGUGGUUGAUGUCUAUGGUGAAAGGAUGCGAGGCGAGAGGCAAAGCAUCAGGCGCAAUUCUGGUAGUAUUAGGUUCAUCAGUGUUUUGAUAUGACUCUCCGCCGUGAUGUUUCUGCCAUUUCUGUCAUCUUGCCAACA